GUCAGUUAGCGGCCGCGCGUUCUCGGCGUCGCACGUUUGGCCCAUAGCGCCAUGUUUCGCGUAGUGACGGACGGUUGGAAGCGGUAUUGGUGGGGAACAGGUAUACUACCUGAUAGAAGUAAUAAGAUUGAAGACAUUUACCUGAGAUUUUAUAAUGGAAAUACCGCCAAUGACUACGUGGACAUUCGACUAUCUCAAGCUAACCAGCUUCUUGACGCAAAAGGUUUUAACAGAAAUAACCCUACAGUUCUAUACUUUCAUGGAUUCAUCGAAACAGCACAGCAGGAAAGCGUUCAGGUCGUAGCGAGUGCAUACCUUGAAGCGAAGCCGGGUACAAACGUUGUCCUUCUUGACUGGUCGAAUAUGUCACAUGGAUCUUACUUAGUCAACGCUGUUAGAAAUACAAAAAAGGUUGGAAUCGUGACGGCAGACCAUCUUAAAACGUUAUUGGACUCUGGACUAUGCUUAGAAAAACUUCAUCUCAUAGGACAUUCGCUGGGCAGCCAUGUGGCAGGAUAUACUGCUAGAGAACUGAAAACAAAAUAUAACAAAACUAUUAAAAGAGUAACAGCGCUCGACCCUGCUUUUCCAGCUUUCUACCCGGAUGGUGUUGUAAUGGAGCAUAUAAAUGAAAAGGACGCAGAAUUUGUCGACGUAAUUCACACUGACGCUGGUGGGUAUGGUGCUCCAGUGAGGACAGGCACCGUGGAUUUCUGGCCCAAUGGUGGCAAGAGCGUGCAGCCCGGAUGUCCAAGAUUUGCACCUAUACCACUUACAGACGAUAAUUUAUGUAGUCAUUGGAGAUCAUGGCGAUUCUACGCGGAAUCGGUACGGAACCCUGAGGCGUUCCCUGCAUCUCCUGCGUAUUCUUAUCAGAAAUUUAGGGAAAAUCCUACGCCCGAGGUGGGGAUGAUUUACAUGGGAGUUAACUGUGAUACUAGUGCCCGAGGCUCAUACUAUUUGACAACGAAUUCACAAACACCUUUCGGUAAAGGCAUCGACGGUCUAUAUCCGAAAGGCAAGAAAAAUGCAGUGAAAAAUUCCAAGUAAUGUGCCUGCACGUUUAGCUAAUAAGGAAAGUCCAAUCGCAUCUCUAGUAGGUAGUAGAUUAUUGUUACCAUUAGGCGAAUAAAAAUUACGAUUUAUACAAUUUUGGAGAAUGAUCUGACGAACAACACAUAGAUUUCCAAAUAAUUAGUACUUUGUGCUGAUUUAUAACGAUUAAUCAGAGCGCACUAUUGUAUAUUUCUGACAAUGCUGCAGAAAUCGAAUCCGUGUGUUAUGAAUUUUAUUAUUUAAGUACCUUAAUUCUAAGUUUAUUAAUAGAUACGACCUUCACAUGACUAACAAACUUCUUAGUUCUGUAGGCAUUCUGUGUAGUGUUUUCCAGAUGUUUAGCUAUAUAUAUAUUUAUAUAAUUUUCUAUUCCUCUUGAUCACGCCGUAACUUAAAAACAACUGGACCCAUUGCAAUUAUAUAUUAGGAGCAUUUAGCAUACUAUUACCCUGCUGGCCAGGGCUAUUAUUUGUUUUACUUUUCUUUAUUCCCUAUAAGUGGUAAAUACUUUUUUAAUGUUCUUUGUUUUCAAACCAUAGUAUAAUUAUUCUUAAUAUUUUUAUAAAAUAAUAUCAACAAAAUUACCUAAUAUAAAGUAUACCUAAAUGUAAUUAAAAUUAAUCUAAUUUUCAAUAUAAGUAUGUACUUAUGUAAGAUUUAAUAAAUAUUCUGUACGUCUACUACAAAAUUAUAAAACAACAUUAUUUGACAAUAUUAAACAUAUGCCUACUCAUACAUAAACAACAGCUAUUUAUAAAUAUAUAGGUAGUUACCAAGCUCCUUUGUUCCAAAGCUUCCAUUUCUGUAAUGGUCAACGUUUUAUCAAAUAUAUAUCUAUUUUUUUUAAACCUAUAUUUAUUAUAUUGAUUGCUGCACUAUGUCAUUUAAAUUUAAUAUGCAAGAUAAAUAUGUACACAUACUUAUUAAAAAAAAUAUACUGAAGUGUCAAGGUAUUUCAAAAUUAUUUCGUAAUACGAAAGUGUUCUACUUAUAACAAAAGCAGUAGAUUGCGUAAAACAAGCAUGUUUAAAUAUAACUAAAUCCAUCUCUUGAUAACACUGUUUAUAAUUAACAUGCUUAAAUAAUUUAUUUAAAGUGCAAUGAAGAAAAAUAUAAAUUGCACAUCGAUACAUAAAGAAUUACACAAUUAGUUAAUACUUAAAUCACAAUGUCUUUAUUAAGUACUUAUUAAACGUCACAUUUUCUUAGAUAUUAUUACUAUAGAUUGACAUAUUUUAUUGUUCUUGGUAUUUUACAGCCUUAAAUUAUUUUAUUAUUACCAUUAAUUGACUACCUCCAAACUUCUUAAAUGAGUUUUUUUAGGUUACCUUUAAUAGAAAAGAAGUGGAUACAUCACCUAAUGGAAAAUGGUAACCAGCAUAGGCAUAAAAACAUAAACAGUACCAUGUCAAAGUAUUCUUCCUCCGUCACUACACGAAAAAUCAGAAAAGCAAGAAAAAUGGUAGAAAAAUUCUCCAUUUCAAGCUUUAAGUUUGAAAUAAUAUAUAACAAAGGAUAUAUAUUA